CGCUUAUUGAGAUUGAGACGCGCGCUCACGACAACCUCACAUAACGGUCCACACACUCAAGAGACUGGACUGUGUAUCUGCAAUAAAAUAUUAUGGAAGGCCAUUGAUCUCUCAAUCUGAAACUGAAACAUGGGAAGAAAAACUUGAGACAAGAGGUGGAGUUCGACACUCACCAUGGCUGCCCAUCGCAUCCGAUCAGCGAACAACAACACUGUGCUCCCUCGCUGCAGAUCUGAGGGCGCACUUAUCGAUCACAGUGAAGGAGUGUCAGAGGCCACCCUUACAGCACCUUCUCCUAGCGCCUUACGACUGGACGUUACCUCCUUUGGAGCAGUCAAGGAAGUCAUUGCCAUUAAGGAUUACUGUCCAUCCAGCUUUACCACUCUUAAGUUCUCAAAGGGAGACUGUCUUUAUGUUAUAGACACAUCGGGUGGAGAGUGGUGGUAUGCACACAACAGUAAAGAAAUGGGAUACAUCCCAGCAGCCUAUGUCCACCCAAUCAAUUAUCGAGACUCCUCGUUCAGUGAUAGUGGCAUGAUUGACAGCCUAGGUGACAUUUCUGAGGGAGUGAAAGAAAUGGACAUCUCAGGGGAGUGGCCGGACUCCUCCAAAACCACAGAAUCUAGAAAUGAAAAUCCUUUCGUUAAUAAACGGAUGUCAACUAACCCUUUCCUAAAUGGCACGGUGCAAGGCACCUCUGACCAAAACAGUAAACAUAAUUUAGCAAAUGCUUUGUGUUUUGAUAAUCUCUCACUUCCCAUCUCAAACACCAGCAGCACUGUUAACAUUAAUGGCUUUGAAAGUGGGCUCUUUGACACACAUUUUAGUUCCGGUUCGGGGAUCGGUCCAAAUCUUCGGCGAAACAAUAGGAGCAAGCGCUGCUACAGCAUGUCAGAGCUGUCUGUCCUACAGUCCUUGUCUGAUGGGAAUCAAGGUUCCUUGAGUUUUUUUGGUGGCAUGAAGUCACCUAAACCUGAACAUUAUCAAAGUAAAGAGGAUUUCAAAACGGCAUGGCUAAAUCAUCGUAAACUUACGCGAUCCUGCCACGACCUGGACUCCAUUGGACAAAACCCAGGUUGGGGGCAAACCCAGCCAAUAGAGACCAACAUUGUGUGCAAUCUUGACAGUGCUGGCGGUGCCGUGCAGCUACCAGAUUCCAGUAUCAGCAUACACAUCCCUGAGGGCCAUGUGGCACCUGGUGAGACUCAACAGAUAUCGCUGAGGGCCCUUCUGGACCCACCAUUGGAGCUCAACAAUGAUAGAUGUACUACUGUAAGUCCAGUGGUAGAAGUAAAACUCAGUAACAUGGAAACCAAGACCCCAGUCACUUUAGAGAUGAAAGUGUCUGUUGUUGUGAAGAUGGAGAGCCGCAAUACCACAGAGGUGGUGUGCGUAAGAAGCGACUUCAAAGAAGGUCCAUAUGUCUCGAUUCCACAUGCAUACAUGUAUGCAGACACAGUUCAAGUGACUCUGGACAAUUUAGAGCCUUGCAUGUAUGUCUCUGUGGUUGCCCAAGCACAAACUGUGGCCCCAUACAACACGGUGUGGGAAAAUGUCGUGAAAAAGGUCACUCUUGGGGUAUAUGGGCCAAAACACAUCCACCCAUCCUUCAAGACAGUGGUGGCCAUUUUUGGCCACGACUGCGCCCCGAAGACGUUGCUAGUGAGCGACGUAAAAAAGCACUCACACUCUACUCCACCUGUUGUCCUCCAGCUCUGGGGAAAGCAUCAGUUUGUACUAACAAAACCUCAAGACCUUCAAGUUGGCGUGUAUUCGAACAUGUCUAAUUUUGAAGUCAAAGCCAAUGAACAGGCAAGAACCGUGAGGGGAUUCCAGAUCAAACUCGGAAAAGUUGCCCGUCUCGUCUACAUGAUUGCGGCCCGGGAUUCUACUGACAUUUUAGACUUUACUUUGCGAAUUCAGGUCAAGGAUGAUAAGGACUGUAUCCUGGCCCAGUUUUGCGUUCAGACCCCAACCCCACCACCAAAAACAAGCACAAGCUCCGCUCAAAGGCGCUUCCUAAAGAAAAAGGAAGUCAACAAAAUUGUACUGUCUCCUCUUGCAGCGACCACAAAGUACCCUGUGUUUCAGGACAGACUAGUCAAAAACAUGAAAUUUGCUAAGUUGCUUAAAACGGUUAUAAGACAGUCUAAAAGCAUGUAUUUGCUGGAGUAUCUUAAAGGAGAUGUGAUGGCUCUUUUGAGUGAGGAAAAAAUUAAAUUUAAAGGACAUCUAUGGACCAAAGAGUGGUACAUCGGAUAUUACCAUGGAAGAAUUGGGUUGGUGCAUGCAAAAAACAUUCUAAUCAUGGGAAAAGUGAAACCUGUUCAUUUCAAAGGGCCUGAUCUUAUGACUACAGUCCUUUUAGAGCAGAUCCUGAAGCCCUGCAUGUGCCUGACAUACAUCUACGCAUCAGUGCGAACGAUAUUGAUGGAGAACGUGGCGAGUUGGAGAGCUUUUGCUGAUGCCUUGGGCUACAUCAAUCUGCCUCUGGCACAUUUCUGUCGGACAGAGCCGGACAGUGAGCCUGAAAAGGUGGCGUGUGUUCUCGAGAAGCUUAAGGAAGACUGCAACGCAGCUGAGGGCAAGGAGAGGAAGUCUUUCCAGAAGGAACUCAUGAAGGCUCUUCUGAAGAUGGAUUGUCAGGGCCUGGUGGCACGGCUGGUCAUGGACUUUGUGCUGUUGACCACAGCGGUGGAGGUUGCAGGACGCUGGAGGGAGCUUGCUGAGAGACUGGCUAAAGUGUCCCGGCAGCAGAUGGAAGCAUAUGAAGCUCCACACAGGGACAGCAGAGGACAACUGGACAGCGAGGCUAUGUGGAAACCUGCCUAUGACUUCCUGGUCACAUGGGCAGCCCAGAUUGGGGACAGUUACAGGGAUGUAAUUCAGGAACUUCACACUGGAUUGGACAAAAUGAAGAACCCCAUCACCAAGCGCUGGAGACAGAUUACUGGCUCCCUCAUCCUUGUCAACUGUCUGGAUCUCCUACGGAGCUCCGCCUUUAGACCCUCCCCUCAAGAUGAGUGUGCUAUAUAAAGACUGCCUAAACUAAUUGACUUUUACAGGACCCAGAUAGACCUGAUUUCAAUUUAGACUCCAAUUUAGGCCCCUAUUAUGCUCAUCUACAGGUUCAUAAUUUUGUUUAGGGGGUCUAGAAUAAAAUUACAUGAUUAAAUGUUCAAAAAAACAUUUUUUUCUUUUAAUUUAGAUAGUUACGACACCUCUGUCUGAAUGCUCUGUUUUAGUUUAGUUGGGUUUUUUUUUUUUUUAUUAUUUUUUUAAACCUGCCUUCUGGAAAGCCCAGUCUGCAGUGAUUGGUCUACCGCUUGGUGCUGUGAACAGGCACUGUAAAAACUACUGGAACAACACUAUGGCGUCAGUUUUGCUUUAUCAGUUCAAGCCUGUGUCUGAUAAUGACCGUCAUGAAGAACAAUCUGAUCGACCCGAACCACCAUUGCAAGCAUAAUUUGUGCAGGUCGUUUCACAGUGCUAAUUGUUUUAACCUCUCUUCCAUUUCAAAUAUGAUACAACUUUCUCUAUUAAGACAUUAAACUGCAUAGUCCAGGAAGGAGUCGUUAAAAAAAAAUGGUGAGAACACAAUAAAAGUUUGUGGUUAUACUGCUGAGAAAUACCAAAUUUGUACUUCUGGUGUCUUAAUACAAAACAAAGGCCUCUAUCUCAUGGAUAUGUAAAACUUCAAAUGAUUGUUCAAAUUCAUGAUUUUAUACUUGUAGAUUUUUUUACAAAAGACAUGCUUUUACAUAUUUGUAUUUCUUUCACUAAUACUGUAAAAUAGGGCUGUGCAAUUAAUUGUAAUUGAUUUUCAAUUUUUGCUUCCAGCGAUUACGAAAACAACAUAAUCGAGGUAAAACAAGUACUGUGCCGCUACCACAUUUUCAGUCCAGGCCACCUUCCUUUCUUUCACAACUAGUACACUUUCGUUCCUCCAUAAUUAACCCAAACUUAACAGUCAAAACAGCCAUAUAUGCAAGUAUUGUAAACUGCUGUCUACCAUUGCUAAACUGCGGGAAGUAUUUGAUAAUAAACAGUAAAGCACAUUAUGCUGCUGUUCCCGAGGUGGCUUUCUGUGUGCACAAACGAAGAUAAGAAAAUAGGCUUCAGAUACGCACCUAAACGCGUAGCUACACACACACAAAAAAAAGUAAAAAUGCUUAUUUGGAGAGUAUUUGCGUAUGUCUUAAAUAUACCGAGUUGAGGAAGAAAAUGUGUGUGUAACAGUAUAUUGGAAUUGUGCAUUAGCUUUUAAAGUGACUGCAGCCUAAUAAACAUGCCGCAGUCUGUCAUUAAUGAUAAUCAAUCAACAAAGGCAAAUCCCUUGGUGAUCUUGACUGAAUAACUUAAGUUGCUUUAAUGGGGAUUAAUCUAUAUUUAAUGUGUACAGUAAGAUUAUGCAGUGUCAUAUCUUAUGCAGUGAUAUUUUACAUUCCAUAAUUAUUAUUUUUUGUAGACUAUUACGUAUUCGAACAUCUUUCUGAAAAUGUAAAACACUUUAAAGAGUAUUUCCGUUCUGUUGUAUUUAUUUGUCCGUUUUUUGUUCUUAUUGACUCUUUACUUGUCUUCUGUGAUUGUUUUGAAGCCUUUUUCUUACAUUAGAUAAGUUAGUAUUAUUUUUUUCCUGAAGUAUCAAUAAUUGUGAAAUUUCACUGAUAAAGUUACUUGAUGCUGGGUUGUUUUAACCCAAAUCAUGGGCAAACCCAAAUGUUGGGUUAAAAAUGUAAUUUCAAAUUGUAACCCAACUUCAACUUUCACUUUCAACUGUAGCCUAUAUUUUUUAAUUGAAUUUUUAACACUAACAUUUGGGUUUGUCCAUAUUUGACCCAAAUUUGGGUUGAAACAACCCAGCAUUUAGAGUGUAGUGAGAUAACACUUUGAUAUCACCCACCAAUAAUCACGUUAAAUAAUCUUCAGUAUUAACCAACAAUAAUAGUGAUUGUGAUUUUUGCCAUAGACUAAUCGAGCAGCCCUCUGUAACAAUUUUUCUCUUUUGUUUUGUUGAUUUAUAAUCCUUACGACAUUGUAAGCCUAUACUAAACUGCCUGUUUCACUUUGCUCUGUCUAUUGUUUAUGCGGCCUACUUUAAUUUUAUGUAAAGUUAUAAAUAUAAACUUAAACACAUAUCAGCACAUGUAAAAAAAAAAAAAAAAACACUUCUGAUCAUCAACUGACAAAUAAACAUGUUUACUUGCCAUUAGUGCACUGAAGGUGAUGAGAAUGUUUCAUUUGACCAUUUUAGUGCUAUUAUAUUUUUUUUCAGCGUGUUUCCCUUUGUUUAUUAUUCCUCUGAUAAACGAAGCUAGAAGAGUUUUUCAAACAUCAAGUAUUAUGUGCAAAUUCCAGUCUUAUCACUCCAGCAUUAUUUUUCUCUCUGCUUGACAGGCUCUCCCAAGAGAAAUUUUGACAAAUGUAAACAAUCAUCACUAUGGGUCUAACAAAAAUGUGCGCACUUCUGCCCAUAUAGUAGACACAGGCAUGCAGACAGCAUAGUUCACAUCACAAGCCUUUCAUCUGGGCCCUCUCUCACUCUCUGGGGGGAACCAUGCUUCUGACAAAAAUCUGAAAUGUGUGUGUAUGUCUGUGUGUAGGGUAUCAGGGGCCCCGGUGCAGGUUGUUGCUGUGGUCUCUCUUCAAUAAAAUCGCCUUCUGAAGCAGGGGGGCUCCGUUCAGGAUCUACCUCUAUAAUGCAGUCCCCUAUAAUUACCACCUUUCGCCCUGCAAGCAACAGCCCUGUGUGUGUAAGGCACAUAGAAUCAACUGUGAAGAUUUUAACAGUUGUACCUGUCAACAGUCAAGUCUGUUUAUGAAUGUGUCUGUGCCUGUGAUAUGCUAAUAAACAGUGUUCCUCCUUGGGUCAGUGA